GGAUAAGUUUUUCUCAAUAACCCACGCGCAGUGAGCGCAACUCUCUGAGACGCGCUCAAAUUCGACUGAAAAGACUCCUUUAAUAAGCGCUGUCGACAGCACAUAAUCUCAACAAGAGCACAAAAUGAUACACUUUUGGCCAUCUGUUAGCGCCCUUUGCAUUUUAUUUGUGUAUUUCACUGCCAAUUUGCCGCCGAAAACCGCAGUUAGUACACUGUAUGUAGGAGGGCUGUUUCCAAUGAGUGGGUCCUCGGCGUUCUCGGCGGGAAAGUCACUCCUUUCUGCCAGUGAACGUGCGAUUGAGAUGGUGAACAGACGAAGUGAUGUGCUACCCGGUUACCGACUUCAACUGAUCUGGAAUGACACGCAGUGUGAUCCAGGGCAUGGGACGAAUGCUCUGUUUGAGUCCCUCUACACCAGACCCCCAAUGAUAAUGCUGCUAGGAGCUGCGUGUUCAUCGGUAACCCGAGCAACAGCGCAGAUUGGAAGGCUGUGGAACCUGUUGCAGGUGUCAUACGCCUCCACUGCCUCUGAUCUGUCCAAUAAGCAGAAGUAUCCUUUGUUGUUUAACAUCGUACCACCAGACUCGGCACAUAACAACGCGAAGAUGGCUUUCCUGAAAUACUUUAAAUGGAACAGGAUUGCCACCAUACGGCAAAACGAUUACGUUUUUGAUGAGGUGAUGGGCACAUUCCAAGAAAAACUAAUAAACAACGACUUCGAGCUCAUAGCUUCGGAGUUGUUCAGUGGUGAUCCUAGGUUGCAGCUUGAAAAUCUAAAGGAAAAAGAUGCCCGUAUUAUAGUGGCUAUGCUUCACGAAGAUCACGCUCGGAAAGUGUUUUGUGAGGCUUACAAGCAAGGAAUGUUCGGUGAGCAUUACAUGUGGCUGGUGCUUGACUGGUAUGACAACAGGAAAUGGUGGUUGGUGAAAGAUAAUGAAGUAGAUUGUACAGAAGAACAGAUGAAAAAGGCCGUGGAGGGAUACUUCUCUAUUGAAAGCGCCAGAAUUGUUUCAAAUAACCAGCCAACAGUAUCUGGAAUGACGUCUGAAGAAUUCCUACAGACUUACGUCACGAACAACUCGGAUCUUUACGUGCCAUUUGUGUUUGACUCAGUGUGGACAAUUGCCCUGACACUAAACAACUCCAUGCAUCAACUCAAGACCACGUUGAACAAAUCUUUAGUGGAUUUCACUUACAAAGACAGCCGCAUGGUACAAAUUUUUAAAAAGACACUGGAAAAAGUGAAUUUCCGAGGAAUAACGGGGACAAUAAAAUUUUCAGACACGGGCGAAAGAACAAGACCAGCUUGUAUAAAACAAAUGCAAAAUGGCGAGCCAGUGGUGGUGGGUACAUAUUUUCCCGAUAGCGACAAAACUGUCUUCGGCGGAGCUAAAGUGUUAUGGCAAGGGGGCGCGCCCCCUACAGAUGGCAAAGUUACUAUAUAUGAGAUGCAGUACAUUUCUACGCCGUUGUUUUGGGUCAUCGUUGUUUUGGCCAGCGGUGGCAUUCUCCUAGCGCUGUACUUCUUAAGAUUCAACAUUGUGCGGCGAGAGCACAGCUAUAUCAAGCUAUCAUGUCCAAACUGCAAUAACCUGAUUAUUCUAGGCUGUGUCUUCAUCUACGUAUCUGUAUACAUGGUCGCCAUUGACGGCAAACGAGUGUAUGAAAGUUCACUUGCAGGACUAUGUAUGGCCAGAGGUUUUCUCCUGUCUAUUGGCUACAGUUUAGCGGUUGGGGGAAUGUUUUCAAAGAUGUGGAGAGUAUAUCAAAUCUUCAACAACGUUAAACCCAAACAAAAGACAUUCAAGAACAAGGAGCUUCUUGGCGUUAUGUUAUUCCUGGUGGUUGUUGACUUAUCGGUGAUGUCAGUGUGGAUUGGAGUGGAUACACCUCAGAUAGUAACAACUGACUUACAGUCACAGGUUAGAGAAGAAUCUCAUUUAAGGAUCGUUCCACAGCAACAAGGUUGUACUUCCAAAUAUUAUACAACGUGGCUGUACAUUCUGCUUGGUUACAAAGUUCUCGUGCUGGUGAUUGGCUGCUUCAUCGCGUGGGUCACGCGUAAGGUCAAAGUCCACUCCCUCAAUGACUCGCAUUUUGUGUGCAUGGCCAUAUAUAGCAUAGCAGUGUGCGUCAUAGUGGGGAUACCGCUGGCCUUUCUGAUCGAUGGGUAUGUGGACGCUCUAGUGGGAUGUCUGUCGUUUUUCCUGCUCCUUCCCACAACAGUCACGCUGUGUUUACUCUUUGUUCCAAAGAUUAUCAAGCUCAAGAGCAAUGUACAGGAGCGGUUGCGAAUUAAUUCUUUAUCUACCACACGCGAUACCACAGUAAGCUUCGCUGAAGCAAACAAUGGAUCUGUAGAAUCCACACAGUCCGUGAAUGAUCCUAACGUGGUCGCAAGACUUCAGGAAGAGAUAGCCACGCUUAAGCAUGAAAUACGAGCGAUCAAGAUCCAACAUGGAGAAAACGCAACAUCGAAUUUAUCCGUAAGGAUUGCUGACCCGGUUGAGAAUGGCAGGGAAGGAAAAUCCUUCACUCAACCAGCUCCUAAGCCGUCACCGAGGCCGCAACUUGGGAAACGUUCGGUCACGUGUCAUACCUAUCAAGAACUGUGCGUUCGAAAGCCGAGACGCCGGCGGCGGUCGAGUUCUUUUUCCGGGCCUUACUUGCAACGACGAUCGCUCGAUCUUGGGGCUAUGUUUUCGGAGCUGGCCGAUCCCUUGUUGGUCCUUAAGGCGGAGAACAAAGACCUUCACAGAAAGCUUCAGGAGGCCAGAAUUUCUGAGGCUGGUAAACUAGCUAAAGUGUUACGCGAAAACGCGCAGUUGAAUAAGAAAAUUGUCGAGAUGAACAUCAAGAACGCGCCCAGCGACGAGGUUGAGAAGGUUUCCCGUUUGUUGAAGGAAAAUUCUGAACUGAAGAAACAAUUAGGGGAAGUCAGCAUUUUGAAUUCAGCGUGGUGCGAUGUCACCCCUCGAUUGCAAAGGAAACAAAAUGAGGACAGGAAGAUUUCCAAAGAUCUUAGAGAGCUUACACAGCUUCUCAGUGUCGACCUCGGAGCCCGCAGACCCGGUUCAUUUGGGCCCUCCUCAAUCAACCGCCCCCCUCCAGUAGGACGCUCGCAAUCAUCCAGCGAGCUGCAGCUAUCCAAUCGAAAUGGAAGCAGCUCUUCUGAGAAGAAAAUAAUGAUCAGUCCCCUGGCAAAGGAGAAGGCCAAGAGAUUCAGUUUCGAUAGCGUUGGAAAGAAGCAGAAUUUCUGCGCUAAGGAGUCUGGGGCUGAGAUAGCGCUAUUGGUUAGUGACGCAUCACCGCUGACACCACGGCGCCCGUUAAAUGAAUCUGAGCUUGCAAAUAGCCCUGGUACGAUUCGGAGGGAUAACAUAGAUGGCUGCGAAUCGGAGAAGGAUAGUUCCGAUAUCGGCGAAAGGACUAAUGCGGGUUUCAGCGGCGAUGAAGAUGAAGACACGUGUGUUUUCAAAUCGGAGGAUUUUUUAAAUUCUUCAAAUUCUUCAUCAAACAAGGUAGAGACAGCAAAGGAUAGCCAAAUGUGCGAUCCUAUACUUACACAGCUUCUCAGUGUCGACCUCGGAGCCCGCAGACCCGGUUCAUUUGGGCCCUCCUCAAUCAACCGCCCCCCUCCAGUAGGACGCUCGCAAUCAUCCAGCGAGCUGCAGCUAUCCAAUCGAAAUGGAAGCAGCUCUUCUGAGAAGAAAAUAAUGAUCAGUCCCCUGGCAAAGGAGAAGGCCAAGAGAUUCAGUUUCGAUAGCGUUGGAAAGAAGCAGAAUUUCUGCGCUAAGGAGUCUGGGGCUGAGAUAGCGCUAUUGGUUAGUGACGCAUCACCGCUGACACCACGGCGCCCGUUAAAUGAAUCUGAGCCUGCAAAUAGCCCUGGUACGAUUCGAAGAGAUAACAUAGAUGGCUGCGAAUCGGAGAAGGAUAGUUCCGAUAUCGGCGAGAGGACUAAUGCGGGUUUCAGCGGCGAUGAAGAUGAAGACACGUGUGUUUUCAAAUCGGAGGAUUUUUUAAAUUCUUCCAAUUAUUCAUCAAACAAGCUAGAGACCGCAAAGGAUAGCCAAAUAUGCGAUCCUAUAAAUAACGUCAUGUUUAACACAAACGGUUGCGCAUUACCAGAUGCGAAAGAGGAGCUGGAGAGCAAUGAAAAUGACACUACAAUGGAUCAAAGUGGUAAUUUGGCCCUUAAUGUGACGAGCGUGAAUGGGCCAAUAGGGACUAAAUCGCAAGGCACCAGUGACCACUUAGGGGCCACGGUUGAUCAACAUGUGAAAGGCCCCAUUGUAAGCGUUCAUAAUGACACACCAGUGAUUGGUCGAGAUCACUUUUCGGGGCCAAAACAAGAUGAUGCUACAGUUCUGAGAUCGGACGCUAUUCUUGAACCAACAACUGAAGGCAUUGAAAUUCCGAUGAAAAAUUCAGCUUUUAACACUGCAAUUGAUGACAAUGACAAUUUUCCAAGCCUCAAAGGGGUCGAAGAAAGCGACCUUGCUGGAAGGAAUUCAGAAAUGAACCAUUUCUUGGAAGAAACUGGGGCAAUAGCAAGUCAAGAUGAAGAAAACAUGAACUCAUCGGACAGGACACUUGAUGCGGUCGUACAUGAUGCGAGUGUUGAAGCAAAGGCGCUUGUUUUUAACAAGGAAAGCGCAAAAGAUGCCCCAGCUUAUAAGAAAAAGCUGCAGAGGAAAAAGGAUAAGAAGAAAAACGACAAAAUAGAGAAAACAUUUUUUGUUUAA